AAGUCUAAUACUACUAGAUUUCCUGUUUUAGCUUUAAUAGCUAGGAAAUAUUUAGGAAUUCCGGCUUCCUCGGCUACUAGUGAGAGGUUCUUCUCUCAAGGUGCCCUUAUUAUGUCUAAAUUACGUAAUAGACUUAAUAAAAGUACUUUUGAGAUAAUAUCUUGCUUAAAAAGCUAG